UCACACUCUCUGUGCAUUUCUCUCUGCAGACUGCAAUAACGCCACUUUUUUCUCAACGUUUUGUUCACACUCACAGUUCUACUCGGUCCAGAGUUUCUCCUCUCUUCUCUAACUAUAAAAAACCACUCCAGUACGCGCUACAUUUCACUCUCUAUAACAGAAAACCUCCUCCCCCUCCCCCUCCCCCUCCGCCUCCACAAUGCCUCCUACUAUGUGUGUGUGUGUAUAUAUAUAUAUAUAUAUAUCAACUCACCAUUUUCUGAGAGUUUUUGUUUACAAUUUGUUUUAUGAUAUUAAUCGAGUGCUCCCAUAGGAAACGACGACAAAACCCACAUGCCCUUUAUUUUUCUCACUCUGAAGUUUGCGAAAGCAUAGAGAUAGAGAUUAAGAAACAAAAUUAGCGUUAUAGUUGAGAGUUUUCAGGUUCGAAGAUGGAGAAAAAACAAGGGUUCUUUUCGGCUUUGAAGGAGGAGGUUGUACGGGGUUUAUCUCCUGUGAGGUCACGCUCAAAGAGUCCUGGUCUGCUUCGGAGGAAGAAGAAUAGUUCUAUUGAUAAUCCGGAGUCGUCGUUUCUAAGAUCUGGGAGUCUGAAACCGUUGGGUGAGACUCUGGCACCAUUGAUUGAGGGUCCGGAUCCGGGCUGCGGGGAAAUCGGUGAUUCAAAACGGGUCGGUUCUGUCGGACAGUGGGUCAUCGGACAACUAACCCGGAACCCCUCAGUUUCCACAGUGGCGUCCAAUGGGAAUGGGUACAGUAACAGGAACUCUGAUCUAAGGUUAUUGCUUGGGGUGAUGGGUGCCCCCCUUGCGCCGGUGCAUGUUAGCAUCACUGACCAUUGGCCUCAUCUCAGCAUCAAAGACUCUUCUAUUGAAACUUCAUCCGCACAGUAUAUAUUGCAUCAGUAUACUGCUGCGACUGGAGGGCAAAAGAUCCUCAAUUCUAUUAAGAAUGCUUAUGCCAUGGGCAAGUUGAAAAUGGUAGCUUCAGAGUUUGAAACAGCGACGAAGGUAGUGAAGAACAGGAAUGCUGCUAGAGCUGUGGAAUCCGGAGGAUUUGUCCUCUGGCAGAUGAAUCCCGACAUGUGGUAUGUGGAGCUUGCAGUUGGGGGAAGCAAAGUUCAUGCAGGCUGCAAUGGCAAGCUGAUCUGGAGGCACACACCCUGGCUGGGGGCGCACACUGCCAAAGGCCCAGUUAGACCUUUGCGCCGUGCUCUUCAGGGUCUUGAUCCGAGAACCAUCGCAAGUAUGUUUGCUGAUGCCAUUUGCAUUGGCGAGAAGAAGAUGAAUGGGGAAGAUUGCUUCAUUUUGAAGCUGGCUGUGGACCCUCAGACAUUGAGGGCCAGGAGUGAAGGACUAGCAGAGAUUACAAGGCAUGCACUCUUUGGUUAUUUCAGCCAGAAGACUGGACUUCUUGUUCAUAUGGAGGAUUCACAUCUUACUCGCAUCCAAUCUAAUGGUGGAGAUGCAGUUUACUGGGAGACUACUAUCAGUUCUUGCCUAGAUGAUUAUCGGCCUGUUGAAGGAAUAAUUAUUGCUCACUCUGGGCGUUCUGUGGUGACUGUUUUUCGGUUUGGAGAGAUGGCAAUGAGCCAUUCAAAAACCAGGAUGGAAGAAGCUUGGACAAUUGAAGAAGUAGCAUUCAAUGUUCCAGGUCUAUCACUAGAUUGUUUUAUUCCACCGGCUGACUUAAGAUCUGCUUCCAUAAGUGAAGCUUGUGAAAUCCCUCAGGAUGAAAGGGAAAAGUCAACAAUUUCCCUUGCAGGUCAUCGAGUGAAAGUUGCUGCUGCGGAGAAAAUUCAUGAUAGUAGCAUUGAUAACAUAGUCUGGAAAAUGAAAAUCUAACCAAGUAGGUUCAACUUAUGGCAAUUGUUCAUAUGGUAGGCAUUUUCUAUUUGACUAACAGAAUAGGAGUUACAAAUUCCUAGCUCAGUUAUUGAAUAAUUUUGUUAUAGUAGUUGGCGUACAUCCAUUAAUCUGUGUACAUAAUCAUUCAUGGGUUUUCUCAAGCCUCGAUGAAUAUUUAUACUUUUAUUGCAGAAUCCAACUAAAGGGUUGGAUCCCAUUGAUAAGUAGUAGUAUUUG